CAGUUUGUGUUCACCCAUCAGAGACACACCACCAUCGGCGAUACGCUCCGUUCACGUUGCGAGGGUGAGGGUUUGCUUUUCGUUCUCCACUGAUCAUUCUCUUGUUCUUCAAGAGAACCAUCUGACUUUUGCGUUAGAUCGUGUCCGAAGAACGUGUCGCAAUCGAACGAGCGUGAUCUUAUUAUUAAAGACGGUGUUAUCGAGAUUUUUGGAAAAAUAGAUAAUUGGAAACAAUUGUGAAGCAAAGUAGUGAGUGUCGUUUUAAAUCGCAAUUAUCCUUGUAUGACAUAUGAGAUGACGAGGACAGUGACAGUAGCUACUAGUUAAGUGAAGUGUCGAUGAAGUUUUAAUAGAAGGAAGCAGUUAAAUAGUUUGAUCAAGAUAAUAGUUUCGUUUUCAACAAACUGUAAUUUGUGAACAAUUGAAAUUUGUUGAACUAGGAGCUAUGAAGUCAAAUUAUGUACGUCAUCGCAAAUAGUCGACACAGAAUUGAAAUCAGUGACAAUUGAUUCACAUAGAAAAGUUUUGAAGAGAACUAUUUGAGAGAAAAAAGAAAAUGUUGCGAAAGCUAAUUACUGGAAGAAAUCUGACAAAAGAAAAUUUUGAAAAGUGAGCUACCGAAGAAGCGAAACUAGGGUAUUCAAAGAAAGCAGUUCGAUAUUAUUGUUGACAUUAUUACAUUGAAUUAUAUCUCGCUGUCGGUGUAUGCUACAGCACGGACCAUUAUCAUCAGUGAUGAUUUAAUCACUUUAAUGACCUUGGAUGAUCUCGAACGUUUGAUCCGAUCGUGGCCAUCGUGAGCCAUCGACGGAGUUGGAGGACAAUUUUAGGAGUGGUGUUGUUCGAAAGGGUAGUGCGACGUUCGGGUACGCAGGUCUGCAGGCCAGCUCUGGGGUGCCGGGCCCGGGCGGGGUGAUGAGCUGCUCCGAUGUGAUGUAUCAAUAUUAUCCUUACCUGUACCAGACCCAUCGGCCACCGCCGCCGCAUCCGACCCAUCCUCAUGCGGCCCCGCAUAGUCACCCUCACGCCAAUCCGCAUGCGGCCCACCACAGUCCAGCCAGGCCGGCGCCUUUCCAACCCUUUCCGGCGGCCACGGCGACACAUCAGUAUGACAGGCUGAAUGUGCAUCAAAGGUCUUUGGAAGCAGCCGGUAUCGAGCUUUGCGGCGCCGGCGGAAGCGUCCCUCAAGGUCAACCGAGCAGUGCAGGUUCCGUAGGGUCCGCGCCGAGUCCUGCGUCCCCAAGGCCAACGCCGCAACCGCGACCACCCCUUGCAACCACCACCUCGCAACCCUCGCGAACGUUGGACGACGACAGAUCGACAGACGGCGUGGGUGCCGGUACGACCGAGGACUCCGACGAUGGCGAGAGCAGAGCGCAGUACGUUAACGCGAAUUGCGUCGUGUUUACGCAUUAUCGAGGCGACGCGGCGUCAGAAGUGGAGGAACACUUUCAAAGGGCCCUCGCACACGAUAAAUUAAAGGAAAAUAUCUCCCCUAUGUCCAUGAGGAACUUUCCCCCUUCCUUUUGGAAUAGUCAGCAUCCCAGUGAUGUCUACGAGUACCCGACGGAUCCGUGGCAUUCGCAUUACCCGCAGUACCAUCACAGGGCCGUGCACGAAUACCAUCACCACAAUAUGGCAGCAGCGGCGAGUUACAGUGGCCUUCUGCUGGGUGGUGCACGCGGCCUCGGCCACCAUACGUCUCAUCACGCGGCGCAUCACGCGCACGCCGCGACCUACAAGGAAUGGACGUCGGCGACGCCGUCGCAAUCCCUCGUCGACGCUUCCUCGGCGCCGCCCUAUCCUCACGGCCACUACGCACCUCUCUCCGCGAACCCGAGGCAGGAUCUAAAGAUGCUAUGGUUUAAACCAUUUAGCAACUAAGAUACCAGAUUCUAAGGACUCGAAUCUCAAGUUCAGGAUUCCAAGGACCUCUACUGGUUCUAGGAUCGAGUGUUGGAGAUCGGCAGCAGGCAUGCGGUUUCCUUAAAUUCAGAAGUCGACUAAAGAACUGUGUUUCAAGUAAUAAGAAAAUUUAAUAAUACGAUCUGAUGAUGUGGAUCGUAGACGUGAAUGUGACAGGAACGAGGACUUUGUUAAGCAAAAAUGACGACUGAAAUGUCCGUCGUUGUCAUGUACAUAGUGUUACCUACAUAUUUUAAGAAUCUACUAUUAGCGUAAAGAUAAUAUUAGACGAAUACUUGCGCGCACUAUUACCUUUAUAGUGACUGCUGUGUCUGGCGUCGAAGAAAGGAUUGGCCGUGAAAACGUGACCGAGAAUCGUCUUCAAUUGAUACAAUAGUGUAGUGCGAUUUAGACCGUCAAGGUACAUCUAAAUUUCCCAAAUAAUUAAUAUCUUCGAUUUUUUUUCUUUCUAUUUUAAAACAUUAAAUUUGUGAAUUUGAUAUUUCAUUAAAAAUAAAAUUUAAAUAAUAACCAUGUACAUUCGAAAGUCGCUAGAAACAAGUUUGAUAUUAAAGAGUUCGAUUUUUUAAAUUUAUAUCUCAGUACUACUAAUCAGAAUUAUAAAAUAAUUAUUUGGCAAAUUUAGCUGCCGACUUAAGUGAAGUAUUUAUUGACCAAUGAUCUUGCCAUAUAUAUAAAUAUAUUAUUAUUAAUUAAUUAUUAUUAUUAAUGUAUCAUAAACAAUAGGCGCCGCAAAUAUUCUGAAAUCUCCCCGAGUUAGCGAAUUAAAAUAGUUAUUAUCCGACGAGUCAACUAUAUUAUUCUUUGCACCCUGGCUACACCCUACGCAUAUCUUGUCUCUUCAUCUCUCAAAUCUUUUCCACCUGCUACUUCAUCGUUUAGUAUCUGUCCGGUAUAAUCAUCAUCGUAUUGCCUACAUUAAGCACAUCAUAUCCAUCUCAUGUUAUCG